CUCUUUGCUGCUGUCACAUCGCAGGGUCACAGCAUGACGACGUACACGGACAAAGGGGAAAAGCACCAGCGAGGCCGCUUCAUCCACUUCCACUCCAUCACCUUCUGGGUGGGCAAUGCCAAACAGGCUGCCUCAUACUACUGCAACAAGCUGGGAUUCGAGGAGCUGGCGUACCGCGGGCUGGAGACCGGCAGCAGGGAGGUGGUGUCACACGUCAUCAAGCAGGACAAGAUCAUUUUCGUCCUCUCGUCGGCGCUCAAUCCGGGCAAUGAGGAGAUGGGCGAGCAUAUGGUGAAGCACGGGGAUGGUGUGAAGGACGUGGCCUUCGAGGUGGAGGACUGUGACUUCAUCGUGCAGAAAGCCAAGGAGCGUGGAGCUGUGGUGGUGAAGGAGCCCUGGGUGGAGGAGGACAAGUUUGGGAAGGUGAAGUUCGCCGUCAUCCAGACGUAUGGCGACACAACGCACACCUUGGUGGAGAAGCUCAACUACAAAGGGCUCUUCCUGCCUGGGUACCAUGCGCCCCUCUUCAGGGACCCACUGCUGCCCAGGCUGCCGAGUGCCAAGCUGAGCUUUGUGGACCACGUGGUGGGGAACCAGCCCGACCUCCAGAUGGUGCCGGUGGCAGACUGGUACCAGAAGAACCUCCUUUUCCACCGCUUCUGGUCGGUGGAUGACAAGCAGCUGCACACCGAGUUCAGCGCCCUGCGCUCCAUCGUGGUCACCAACUACGAGGAGACCAUCAAGAUGCCCAUCAAUGAACCGGCGAACGGCAAGAGGAAAUCCCAGAUUCAGGAAUACAUCGAUUACUACGGAGGGGCCGGAGUGCAGCACAUCGCGCUCAACACCUCCGACAUCAUCUCGGCGAUCACCAACCUGAAGCAGCGCGGCAUGCAGUUCAUGGACGUGCCAUCCAGCUACUACCAACUGCUGCGGGAGAGGCUGAAGACCGCCAAGAUCAAAGUGAAGGAGAGCAUUGACAAGCUGGAGGAACUGAAAAUCCUGGUGGACUUUGAUGAGAAGGGAUACUUGCUCCAGAUCUUCACCAAACCAGUUCAGGACAGACCCACGGUCUUCCUGGAGGUCAUCCAGAGGCACAACCACCAGGGCUUUGGCGCCGGGAACUUCAAGUCCUUGUUUGAAGCCAUUGAAAUUGAUCAGGAUGCACGAGGCAACCUGACUGUCCUGAGCCCCAACGGAGAGACCGAGCGCAUGUAGAGGCGGAGUGCGGGUGCCCUGGCGCUGGGCCAUAAUGAGCUGAAUCACAAACGAAGUGGGAACUGGCUGUGCUUUGUCAACAGCCCGAACUUACAUGACAAAUGGGAUGUUGCUCCCAAGCUGUGACGGGACCCAGCCCAGGCUUCACAUGAGAGAAGGAGCAUGGCCAAUGCCUUCACCUCAGCACAACCCCAUCCAAGCCACCAAAUCCAAACGCAGCACAGACUCAUGGCACACGUGUAGGUUCAAUCUUGAGUCACGAUUUUAGGGUAGCCGCAGCAUUCUAGAAUGAGAUGAACAAAUGUAUAGGGUUUGGCUUUCCCACCAGUGCAAUGUGGCACUGCUCUAGGACCUGAAUUAACAAAGGGUGGAAUAUCUCCAGUCUCUCAAGAAGGGGUUGCUGGGUUUGUGGCCAUUGCUCACCCCCCUGGGUGCUGUCACAGUCCUGGAAUGGGGACUCUUCCCACUGUCAUAAUAAACCCGUCUGUCACAGUUGA